AUGGCGCUGGAUCUACAGCCCCCCGACAGUUCCAAACGAGUCAAGGUCUACGAGCUGAGGGAUAAUGACUGGUUCGAUCGCGGUACCGGCUUCUGUACCGGCCAGAUGCUCGAUGAGGGCCCCCAAAUAUACGUCCAAUCCGAAGACGAACCUAAUCGCGUAUUGCUGAAGACGCAGAUCUCCAAGGACGAUGGCUAUCAAAAACAACAAGAAACCCUGAUCGUCUGGACCGAACGGAAUGGGACUGAUAUGGCGCUGAGUUUUCAAGAGGCAGAUGGCUGCGCGGUGAUAUGGGAUUUCGUCAAUUCUGCCCAGCAACAAUUACUCAGUUUAGCCCCAGCCGUGGGGUGUCUUCCCCGUGACGUGGCAGAUGAUGCUCUCUCCGACGAUCUCGAAAGCUAUCAAUCCAUCGUUUUACCGGCACCCAACCUUGCAAAUUUGGGGGAGAUCGAACAGAUUGUACGAGCCGCGAGUAUGACCCAGGCCGGUCGCGAUGCGCUCUCCAAGUUCAUCAUUCGUGACGAGUACAUCGCCAAACUGGUACCGUUGGUAGAGACGGCCGAGGACCUGGAGAGCCUUGCUGACCUCCAUUGUCUUUGCAACAUCAUGAAAUCGCUGAUCCUGCUCAAUGACAACACCAUCAUCGAGACUGUUGUUGCUGAUCAGAUCAUUCUGGGGGUGGUUGGAGCUUUGGAAUAUGACCCUGAGUUCCCCACCCACAAGGCAAACCACCGGCAGUACCUUGCAGACCAAACACGCUACAAAGAAGUCGUACCGAUUAAAGAUCCCCUGAUCCGCAGGAAGAUCCGAAGCACAUGGCGCCUGCAGUACCUCAAGGACGUGGUCCUCGCUCGAAUCCUGGACGAUCCGACAUUUUCCGUGCUCAACUCCCUUAUCUUCUUCAACCAGAUGGAAAUCGUCAAUCACAUCCAAUCAAACGCUCAAUUCCUCCGAGAACUCUUCUCCGUCUUCGACCCAAGAAACGCCGAUGCAAAGCGCAAGGAUGAUGCGGUACAAUUUUUGCAGCAGUGCGCCGCAAUUGCGAAGAAUUUGCAAGCACCCUCGCGGGCGCAGCUCUUCGCCAAUUUCAUCAGUCAUGGGCUGUUCGCAGUCAUCGCUUUCGCGGUCAAGCACCCAAACCCGGCUAUGCGCACCACUGGUAUUGAUAUCCUGGUGGCUCUGCUUGAUCAUGACCCGGUGAUGAUGCGGGGGUAUAUGCUCAAGGCUGUCAACGAGAAAAAGACACCUCUUACAGAUACCUUAAUCGAUCUGCUCCACGCAGAGACCGAUCUUGGUGUCAAAACACAGCUUGCUGAUGCUAUCAAGAUCUUGCUUGAUCCUCAAAUUCCUCUGCAGGAUCCUCUUGCUCGGGCUGGCCCCGACUACUUCAAAAUCCGUUCUUCAAACCUUCUUUCUGAUGCAUUCGUUCAGCAACACUUUGAUGAAUCUUCUAAGCGGCUCUUUCAACCGCUGAAACACCUCGCUAACCGCGCUACCCUUAAUGACCUGACGUUCCAAGAAGUCACGUUGCACUCACAUCUUGUGGAUAUACUUACCUUUUUUGUCCGACAACAUCUCUUCCGUACACGCAACGCGAUCCACAGCGAAUCUCUUGCUCCCCGGGUCGCUCAGCUCCUAACUGCCCCUCAAAAACAUUUGAAGCUAGUUGCUCUGAAAUUCUUUCGUACAUUGACCAGCCUCCAAGACACCUUUUACCAAGCUCUUAUGACCCACAACAACACCUUUGGCUUACUGCUUGACAUUGUGUAUGACACUAUGCCACGUGACAAUCUCCUCAACUCCGCCUGCCUUGAACUCUUCGAAUUCAUCAAACGGGAAAACAUCAAGCCAUUCAUUCUGCAUAUAGUAGAGAAAUAUCGGGAGAAGCUUGAGAAUAUUACCUAUGUCGACACCUUCCAGAACUUGAUCAUUCGGUACGAACAAAUGCAGGGAUAUGGAGCAGAGGCAGACUCGGUUCUGUUCAGUCAAGAUGACAGCACGCCACGCAGAAUGCCGCUUAAUGGCCAACGCUGGCAGGGUGUGAAAGACAUCGACCCCAGCGAGGAGGACUACUUCAAUGGAUCCGACGAGGAGGAUGACUGGACCCAAGAAAACCGCACAGUGCUCGCGGCUGGCGCUCCUAACGGAUCCAGUGCUCUGAGCAAGCCGCUUGUUGACUAUCCCGACGACGACGAUGACGAAGAUGCCAUGGAUAUCAAACCCGAGGAUGAUGAAUCUGAAGAGAAACAGACUGAUGAAUCAUCUGCGGAGAACCCGAAAACCCCACCUACACAAACUGCGCAGACACCACCAUUGGAGCGACUCAGCGAGAAGCGUCGUCGUGAGGAAGACGACGAUGAUGACGAGUUGGCCAAACUGACCACUGGGCCUAAGCGUAGAAACUCGGUGAGCAGUACCCAGGGCUCUGGUCUUCUGAACCGGAAGAAACCCCUGUCUAUUGGACCUGUUGGCUCGGGAGAAAAGGGUGCAAGUAUAUUGGGUAGUGUCACGGCUGGCACAGCCCCUAAAAGGAUUGCCAUCAACCUGGGGCCGGCCAACAAACAUACGACAGAUAAUGACUCCUGCGCUACUAUCACACCCAACCCUGAAGAGAGCAAUGAGAAGGAGAACCGCGAGGGCAACGAAGGCGAGGAUGAGGCGUGA